GCAAGUUCCUUUAUCAGAACAUUUGAAUGCUGCUGUCAGGUCUUCUCAAACAUACUGCAUUACAGAGGACUUGGAAGAGUUGAAAUCUGAGGCAAAGGCAUUUUCCAAGAAUAAAGUCAUUGCUUCAAGUACUGCAAAAGAGAGACGCAAGAAACAUUGGGAGGAAAAGAAAAAGAAAUGGAAAUCUUAUGCUUUGGGUCAAGGGCUUAAGAAAGAUGAUGACAGAAAUUUAAAGGAGAAGAUUGGUUUUGAAAGACAGAGAGAUAAUGAUUUUGAAGUUAAAUGUGGAAAACUGCAGGAGGGAUUUGAUGUGAACAAGCAUUGUGAACAACUGCAGGAGGGAUUUGAUGUGAACAAGCAGUGUGAACAACUGCAGAAGGGAUUUGAUGUGAACAAGCAAUGUGAACAACUGCAGGAGAGAUUUGAUAUGAACACACAGUGUGAACAACUGCAGGAGGAAUUUGAUGUGAACAAGCAGUGUGAACAACUGCAGAAGGGAUUUGAUGUGAACAAGCAGUGUGAACAACUGCAGGAGGGAUUUGAUGUGAACAAGCAUUGUGAACAACUGAAGUUUCCUGGUUCUAAAAUCAGUAAAAGACAAAAAAGGAAACUUAAACAAAAAGAACAGAGGUCAAAAAGGAAAAAGGAAAAAAAUGAAGUUGCGACAGAGGCAGAUAUCAAUGACAGUUGUCAUAGGGAACAAAUAUAUCUUAAUUAUUUUGAUGCCUCAGGCAGUCCUAGUUGCAAGAGGCAGAAGCUAGAGAUUACAAAUGAAGAAUACGAACCUUCAUGCAGUGUAGCAAUUUCUCAGUCUUCAAUUGGAAGAAUGCCUCCAUGGAAACCCCAACAGUUCAGUUCAUCUAGACCUCAGCCUCCAUUUGGUGUAAUGACGAGUCGAUCCCCAUCAAAAACAUUUCAACUGUCAGACAUGUUAGAAUUUCACCCAUCAGAAACAUCACAACAGUUUUUUCCAAUUAGACCUCGACCUUCAUUUGACACAAUGACUCAUUCGACACAACUGAACACUUCAAAACUAUGCCAGCAAAGACAUCGCGAAAGAACAAACAAAAGAUUGUCAAAAAAAAACCAACGUAAACUACGGCUUCAGCAUAGAAAUGAAAUGAGAGAUAAGCAAAAUAAGGAAGGUGGAACUCAGAGUAUUUCUAUGGAAGAGAUUUCUCUUAGUGUUUGUGAAUCUAAUCCUGAAAACAACACAUUACAGAAAGCUAGCAGCUUUCAAAACCAGUAUUUUCCCAGGAAGAGUAUAUUGUGUUCUAGAGGACUUGUGGAGCAGAUUCCAAAAUCCUAUAUAUUGAACAGGCUGUCACGAGAUGAACAUGGUGCUAAAGAACUUUCUCAGGAGAUAUUUAAGGAUGUGAGUGGACUUACAGAUUUAUACCAGACCAGGGUACUACCUGCCCUGGAGAAGAUGCUAAACUCACACAAGAAAUGUUCCUACCAUCAACUUUUAAACCAGUGUUUUAGUGGAGAGUACCAACAAAGUAGCACAGGAAGAAGGGAGAUAAUUGUAGCUAGGGAGAAGAUAAGGAAAUCAACUUAUGGUAACGUAGGUAACCAAGGUCAUGUGAGGGUAAAACCAGGAACAAGAUGGACAAAACGUUCACAAAAAGUGUCCACUAAAACUCUCCUGAGUCGGCACCUCCAGACAUCGCAGAUAUUCAUGUUUCUGAGGCGGGUUCUUACCCGUGUAAUACCAGAUGAGCUCCUGGGAAAAUCAAACAAGAAUAAAUUAUGCAAGUACAUCAAGCCAUUUCUAAAUCUCCGUAAAUAUGACAAGUUUUCUCUGGCUGAGCUGAAAGUGGACCAGAUGAAGUUGGAAGAUAUUCCGUGGUUGGCUGCUGUUGCUUUACGAGCUGACCAGCUCCACCUUCUGUCACAAGUAAUCUGCUGGAUAUUCAAGGACUAUGUCAUGGUGUUGUUAAGGUCCUUCCUGUACAUCACAGAGACAGCACAUCAUCGUAACCGAUUGUUGUAUUUCCGAAAGAGAGACUGGUUACGACUUCACAUGCGGGGCCUGAACACAUUACUGAAUAAGAAGAUGAUUGAGCCUAUCACACAGACUGAAGCUCAAAAGCAGUUGGCUGAGGGCAGUGCACUUGGGGUGGCCAGCUUACGUUUCCUUCCGAAGAUGAAAUCACUUCGACCUCUUGUGAACCUAGGGAGGAAACCCCCACCAGGAUGUAAACAGAAAAUACCCAUGAACAGGCAGAUGCUGCAUAUGUUGAACAUCCUGAAUUAUUACAAGGACAAGAAUCCUGAUUUGGUGGGAUCUGCCAUAUUUGGACUGGACAAAGUCUACCCGAUGUGGAAGCAGUUUGCCUUACAGUAUCGACAGCAAGGACACAGAAGGUCUGGAAUUGCUCCACUUUAUUUUGUCAAAGUGGACAUUGCUACCUGCUUUGAAGACAUCAAUCCGGAGAAACUGUUUUCCAUCCUCAAGGACAUAUUUCUGAAGGAUGAAGAGGACUAUCAUAUUAACAAGUACGUGACUAUGUUUGUUGCUGGUGGACAAGUAAAAAGAACCUUCAGAAGAAAAGCAUUACCAUUGUCGGAAUUCAAUCCCUUGUUCACAAACUUUGUGAAGGAAACUGUGGAACGUGAAAACCUCAAAAACAAUAUAUUUGUUGACCAGGUGGUGUCUCAGUCUGAGAACUCUCAACACUUAUUAAAGCAGCUGAAGUCUCAUUUGUUCAACAAUCUUAUAAAGGUUGGAAAGAAAUAUUAUCGCCAGGCGUCAGGAAUCAGUCAGGGUUCCAUCCUAUCCACAAUGCUUUGUAACCUGUAUUAUGGUCACUUUGAAAAGAAGUUGUUUUCCUUGCUGGAGGGAGAGGAGCUUAGGAUGAGGAUUGUAGAUGACUCACUAUUUGUGACGCCACACAAGGACAGGGCAAUUUAUUUCCUUAAUCUUAUGUUUAAAGGAAUGGCUGAUUAUAACCUACAUGUAAACCCUGACAAAGUUCUCCUAAACUUUCCUCUGGAACAGAACGAUAUUGGAUCCUUUCCAGUGAUACAAACAGAAUGGUUUCCGUGGUGUGGGAUGUUAUUUAAUACUUUAACUCUCCAGGCUAGUAUGGACUUCUCCAGAUACGCUGGCAUCUCUGUUGCUGAUACUAUGAGCUUUGACCUUUCUGAGGAUCUGUUGAUGACCUUGAAACAGAAGCUCUUGCAUGCUUUGAACCCAUUCAGCCAUUCCAUAAAUGUAGAUACUCUGAACACAACAGAAAUAGUGGUGACCAAUAUCUUCAAGAUUUUUGUUUUGAAUGCACUAAAGUUCAACAGCUACCACAGACGUCUUCCACAAAACUUCACAUAUAAUGGAGAAGCCUUCAUAGACUUGCUGAUGGGUAUUGGCAGCUAUUUCUAUUAUCAGGCACAUGCCUUUCUCACCAAGAAGGGUUCUAUACCGGCUGUUUUCAGCAUACCAAAAGAUGUUGUCCUGUGGCUAGGUUUGCAUGCCUUCCACGUCGUCCUCCAGCAGUAUAAGACUGAAUGGCAACAUAAGAACUUCAUCAUGGCAUUGACUCGGCAACUAAGAUUCAUCAUGGCGAGACUUGAAUACCAGGAGGAGGGACUCUCUGCUGUCCUACUGAGGGUAUGUGGUAACCAAGUGCCUGACGAACUCAUGGACCUCAUCCCUUGACCAGGGGAGUAACAGCAGCAGCGGAGAAACUUCGCCUAUAACCAUAGACUACUUAGAUAUUGGACUAAGAUCUCUGAAAAUGAUUUAUUUUUGUACAUUGCACUCAUCAGAUUAAUCUCAGAAAAAAGAGAGCUCUCACUAAAUCUGCAUCAUAAAAUAUUGGACAAUAUCUCAGGUACCUAGGAUAGUGACAAGUAAUAUUGUACUGAUUCCAGAGGCUCUCCUUAAAUCUGCAUCAUGAAAUAUUGGACAAUAUCUCAGGUACCUAGGAUAGUGACAAGUAAUAUUGUACUGAUUCCAGGGGCUCUCCUUAAAUCUGCAUCAUAAAAUAUUGGACAAUAUCUCAGGUACCUAGGAUAGUGACAAGUAAUAUUGUACUGAUUCCAGGGGCUCUCCUUAAAUCUGCAUCAUAAAAUAUUGGACAAUAUCUCAGGUACCUAGGAUAGUGACAAGUAAUAUUGUACUGAUUCCAGGGGCUCUCCUUAAAUCUGCAUCAUAAAAUAUUGGACAAUAUCUCAGGUACCUAGGAUAGUGACAAGUAAUAUUGUACUGAUUCCAGGGGCUCUCCUUAAAUCUGCAUCAUGAAACAUCGGUCAUGGACAUCUGUGAACUGAAUAAGUUAUUUGUGAAUUUUUAGUGUACUUUGUAUUGAAUGAUCA